UUUUUAAUUAGAUACCACAACAAGUGGGGGGCUGUUUGCUAUAAAUUAUUGUUAAGUAUCUGCAAUAAACACGUUAUAGGCAGAAUACAAAUAAAUCGUGAGCGUGUACAUUCAUUGGAAUGGUGUACACUCAUUUUGAAAUUCAUUUAUUUUUAAUUAAUUUACUUUAACAAAUUUAAACCGUUAAUGGAACGAUGCGAUGCCUUAAAUUGACUUGAGACUUGGGAGUUUGCAGUGCUUUUUGGAGUUAAAGUCACAUUAUUGUGGACCUCAAAGGGAGAUUCAACACCAACUCAGAAUGGCUAGUACCAAACUCAAACUUUCCGAAGUCGAAGGAGAUUUGUUUUCAGCUCCAGAAGAAUACUCGCUAGCCCAUUGUGUUGGAGCUGACUUUGCGAUGGGUGCUGGAAUAGCUGUGAAAUUUAAGCAAAUUUACGGACAAGUCAACGAAUUAUUGGCCCAAAAAAUCAGUAGUGGAGGUGUCGCUGUACUUCAAGAUAAGAAUCGUUUCAUAUACUACCUCGUUACAAAACCAGCCAGCUAUGGAAGUCCGACAUAUGAGAGUCUGCGAUCAUCUUUAACUGAAAUGAGGGAUCAUAUGAAGAAAAACAACGUCCAAAAGUUAGCUAUUCCUCGAAUCGGUUGCGGUAUUGAUGGCCUUGAAUGGGAUAAAGUUAGUGCCGAACUGAAUGGCGUUUUUGGCAAUGAGGAGAUAGAAAUAGUCGUGUAUGUCUUUGUACCAAAGUAGAUAUUAAUUUUUAUUUUGAAUAUAAUUAUAAACAACAAUUUCAAUUGAA